UGGCGCAGAUUUCAAAGAUGGUUGCGCCCAAGCAGUGAAAAGCCGCGACGCGGAGACUACGCUUGCGCUAAUUCCUUGGUCUACAGUUACGCUUGAGCGUUGAUCGAUGGUUGAAAGUAUUUACACUAUUCCGAACACAAGUCGCUCACUCUCCUAAAAUGGGUGAUCAAGAGAGAGACGUUGACUGUACCAACGCAGCCCGUGGCGUAUGGCUGGUAAAGGUGCCGAAAUACAUCGCUUCUAGGUGGAGCAAAGCGCCACCCAUGUCGGAGGCUGGGCGGCUGAGAAUCACGAAGGGAGCAAAUGGUAAAUCGGACAUUCGGUUUACACUGAGCGAUGAAUGUGUCAACAUGAAAGACCCAGCUGACAAGUCGGCCAUACCCAAAGAACAUCGUUUCGUCAUCUCCAACAUAGCCAACCAGAACUUAGCCGUUUUCUCACAGAACAAAGUGGUGGAAGAUGGUACAGAGCAUUCCUCUCGUAAGGUUUACCUGGAAGGCCAUGUUGUACAGAAAGGAGAAUGCAGGCCCCUGGGAGAUGACCGCUACAUGCAACUGAAGAGGCAAACUAUCCUCAAGGCUAGCCAACCUGUGCGUCAAGUGAAGCAGCUAGAUCGAAUUGUGCAGAACUACAAGCCAGUGUCUGACCACAAGCACAAUCUGGAGUUUGAGCAGAAGAAGAAGGCAGAGGGCAAGAAGGCACGUGAGGAUAAAGAUAAGGUGCUGGACAUGCUUUUCUCAGCCUUUGAGAAACACCAGUAUUACAAUAUCAAGGACUUGGAGAAGAUCACACGGCAGCCAGUGCCUUACCUGAAGGAGAUCCUGAAGGAAAUCUGCAAUUACAAUGCCAAGAAUCCUCACAAGAAUAUGUGGGAGCUCAAGCCAGAGUACCGUCAUUACAAGGAUCAGGAGGCCAAGCAGUGAUUGCUUCGUGAAUCGCUUGUUGUGCACCUCACCUUGAAGAGCUACGUGAUCGAAGACAAAAAUAUGUAUACUGCCUCCUUUGACAUCGCGUUUUGAUCUCACAGAAGUUCUAAGACAUGGCAAAUUCUAUCAUAUGGUCCGCCCUUUGUACUCACGUUCAAGAAAGCACAGCAGCUAGAAGUUGUAUGUUGUCAACCAUAUAAACAAAAAUAAAAACUGCCCCUUCCUCCACUA